CGGGUCAGCUGAUCAAGGCUUAUUCCCAUGAGACCUUGCACCAUCGCACCCCACAUGAUAAGUUCAAGAAGACGACACAAAUACACUUCAUGCGCCAGGAUGAAAACAUCUCCGAUCUUGAUCUAUCUGCUGUUUGGAAUAUGUGCCCUUGUGAUAGAUCUUGGAUCCAUUGUAGAAGGUUGCGAAGUUCACAAGACAGGAGAUGCAUUUCCAUGCCAGAACCUGCGUUUCAUGGCCAUAAGGAAGGGAUGGACGGCAAAUAUUUACUGCAAUGGAGUGAGAGAAAAUUGCAGCAGCACCGAAAACUGCACUUUCUCGUGGUACAUUGUAAAUACAAAUGGCUCUCGCAUUAGUUAUAUCAGGCCAGAAACAGACCCACAUGUGCAAAUACGAAACAGCUAUUGUAUGUCCAUCUUAACACUUAAUAAAGUCCAGAAGAAGCAUAGCGGGAUUUACUUCUGUGAGUCUAAUAAACGUCAAGCCCAGUGCGGGACUGAGAUUAUGGUGGUAGGUUGUACUGGGAAACCUGGAAGUGCAUUUUCAAGAAACAUAAUGAAGGAUGCACUAAUAUUGGUCGAGACGAUCCUCAUCUUGCUCUUUACAAUAUUACCGGCUAUGCUGCUCAUGGAAAUGAACAAGAAACGCAAUGUGAAACUAGAAGAGCAUAUCUAUGAGGGUCUUGACGCGUACCAAACAGACACAUAUGAAGACAUUCAUGCAGUACGAAAUCUAAGUACAAAGCGGAUGAUAGCAGAACAUCCAUGUGUGGAGUAGACGGAGGACAUUGCAAUCUUCAUCAUACCAUCAAUCAUAGAUCUGUCAUCGAUGGGGUCUGCCCCUGACUGGUUU